AUGGCGCAUUCCACAGAUCAACGGCCGCUUGAUGGUCUUUCGGCUGAGUCUCGUUGCACCGUAACGGAUAGUGUCGACCUUCAAGAUGGGCAGGAGAAAGAGAUAGAUGGUUCACUCCGAGGAGAAAACAUAUCGCCAUCGUCAUCGACAGUGAAUUCAAACGACAACGCUGGCGAAGAUGAUCCUGCUGAAUCGCCCGCAACGCAAGAGGAACAAAAUCCGUUGCAACUAACACCUUCUCAAAGCGAGAAAAUGAACAGGAAGCGGGUGAUCGCGAUUAUGGGGGCAUUAUGCUUGGCGCUCUUCCUGGCAGCUUUAGAUAUGACCAUUAUUUCCACUGCUCUGCCUACGAUUGCUGCUCAGUUCGAUGCCAAUGAAACGUCUUAUACGUGGAUGGCUUCGUCAUAUCUCCUUGCUAAUGCCGCAUGUUUGCCGCUGUGGGGAAAGCUGAGCGACAUCUGGGGGCGCAAAAUUAUCGUUCUUCUCGCAAAUGUCGUGUUCCUCGUAGGUAGCUUGAUUUGCGCCCUAGCGAACUCCCUUGCCAUGUUUUUGGUCGGAAGAGCUCUGCAGGGUAUCGGUGGUGGAGGUGUCAUUAUCUUGGGACAGAUCUGCGUGAGUGACCUGUUCAGUGCGAGAGAACGGCCUGUUUAUUACGCAAUGUUUGGAGCUGUUUGGGCUGUUGCUGGCUCGCUUGGACCUGUGAUUGGCGGUGCUUUAACUCAGGAAGUCACCUGGCGGUGGUGCUUUUAUAUCAACCUCCCCGUCGGUGGCGUCUCGCUCAUCAUUUUGCUCCUUUGGCUGAAUAUCGAGUCCCCAAAGACACCACUUGUUGCCGGCCUCCAAGCGAUUGACUGGCUGGGGACCCUGACCAUUAUCGGCGGGACUCUGAUGUUACUUUUUGGGUUGGAGUUUGGAGGAAUCACGUACCCGUGGGACUCCGCCACGACUAUUUGUUUAAUCGUGUUUGGCAUCGUCGUUUUGGCCCUCUUUGGGCUCGUUGAACGUAGAGUUGCCAAAUACCCGAUCAUGCCCACUGCGCUUUUUGAGUCUUGGAGCAAUAUCUGCCUUCUUGGAGUCAGCUGGUCACAAGCCACCUGCUUCAUCGCCGGAACAUACUACUUACCAAUCUACUUCCAAACCGUCCUCGGCGUCGGCCCCAUUCUUAGCGGCGUAUACAUCCUUCCCCAAGCAAUUGGCCUGGCCGUCCUCUCCAUUGCAGCCGCCAUAGUCAUCCGCAAGACAGGUCAAUACCUAUGGAUCAUCCGCGCCAGCGCCCUCAUCACGACACUCGGCUACGGCCUUUUCAUCGACUUCAAACCGUACGCCUCCUGGGCACGCAUCAUCAUCUACCAGCUCAUCUCUGGCAUCGGAAUCGGCCCUAACUUCCAGGCCCCGCUCAUCGCUAUCCAAUCAGCCAUGAGGCCUUCCGACGUCGCUUCUGCAACAUCGACCUUCGGGUUCAUGCGCCAACUAUCUACAUCCACCUCCCUCGUGCUUGGUGGUGUCGUCUUCCAGAACGUAAUGAAACAAUCUGCUCCGAAAAUUCGCGCCGCACUUGGCCCGGAACUAGCACCCGCGUUCCUGGGCACCAUCGCGGGCACGAACAUCGAGAAGACACACCUCCUCACCGAGGAGCAAAAACGCGUUGUAUUCGGCGAAUACACACAUGCUUUGAGUCGACUGUGGAUAUUCUACACCUGUGUUGCGGCGUUAGGUUGCUUGUUUAGUCUAGGAAUUAAGAAGACAGAAUUGAGCAAGAAGCAUGAAGUCACAAGAACCGGUCUUGCGGAGCAGGAGCGUGCGAGACAGGAGCGGCUAGAAGCACAGAGGGAGAAGAAGAGGUUAAAAGCCGAGAAGAACGGGAACGGGAGCGAAAUGAAACAGGAGGUUUAA